AUGGAGAGCCAGACGCCUCGAAGAGCAUCCGCGUCCCCAACGCAAAACUACCUGGUCGCAUACAAUGCCAUCUGCCUGGCCCUGUGGUCCGUCAUAACCCUGCGAGCAAUCUUCCUCAUCCCCACGCUCUUCGCGUUGGGGAAACCGCAAGGUCUUCUCGACGCUCUUUUUCCUUUCCUCAAAUGGACCCAGACGAUUGCCCUCCUCGAGAUCCUCCAUGCCGCCGUCGGCCUCGUCCGGGCCAGCCCCAUUACCACGGCGAUGCAAGUCGCGUCGCGGAUAUUACUGGUUUGGGUUGUUCUAGACAUGUUUCCACAGAUUGUCGCGACGACGAACAGCUAUGGGAAAUCGGUUCCGGGGUCAACAACGGGGCCGAUGGCUUUUGCAGGGAUCCUGACGGCCUGGGGAACUACCGAAGUCAUUCGAUACGGGUUCUUUGUGUGGAAGGCAGCCAUAAGUGAAAGAGUCCCUGCAGCCCUCACGUGGCUCCGAUACAAUACCUUUUUUGUCCUGUACCCCGUGGGCAUCUCCAGCGAAUGUCUGCUGAUGUACCUGGCGUUGACCCCGGCCGCGAAGCAAGGAAAGCAGCUCGACCUGCUGUUGAAGAUUGUCCUUCUAAUUUACGUGCCCGGGAGCUAUAUUCUCUACACUCAUAUGAUGACUCAGCGGCGCAAAGUCAUGAAGGGCAAGGGGAAAUCUGCUUGA